CACUCAUUCAGUCAGGGAGGGCAAGAAAGAUAGAGAGAGAGAGAGCGCGCGCAGGAGGAGGAGUGUGAACAUUGCGGAGUUCUCGGGGAUUCCGAGAAUAUACAGUUCAGACUCAGACCCGACAGUCGGUGCUGGAGCCCGACGAGUUUUUGGACUCUACUUCCAUUUGGCGCGGUUCACGGCGCACGUCUGCGCGUAGGAAAAACGCUCCGGCUCGGAUAGCGGAAUCAGGUUCCCGUGUGGCCACGUCUGAGAUCAGAAGAGCAAACAGGCAACGCCAAGCCUUUGGUUACUCCCUGAAGAUCUCCCCAAUAUAGAGCUUACGGUUCAUCAGGACAGAGAAAACUCCUCAGUCCUUUGACUAUGUGCUCAACAUGUUUUAAAGCAGUGUGGAGUUACACAUAGAAUGCACAGCGAUGCCAGCUAGAAGUGCCCACUGGUCCUGUAUGUAAAACUCUUUGACUGAAAAGGAGUAAAAUCCUAAGCAUUGCUGGAGUUGCUCUCAUCAUUUAUGGCACAGAUCUUACUAAGACAUUUUCAUUAGUUGUAAAACAUCACAUCAGGGCAUCCUACUGUUGAACAUGACUCAUGGGGUGGAGUCUGGCCCUGAAACUCACCAGGAUUCUGCUGCUUUAACAUAUCUGGAAGGUUUGCUAAUGCAUCCGGUCGCCACUGGACCUGCUGCCACUGCUACACAGAGAUCCGAACCAGUGCACAGCAAUGAAGAGAACGCCAACAGGGUGACUAGGGUGUUUCAGCUCCCCAACCAUGGCUCCCCCUCACCAGACAAGGGUAGCCCACCUAGUGCGACCUCACAGCAUCUUAAAAAAGCCAGGCUGCUUCGCUCAGAAGCAUGGAGUGAAGCUGACAGCCAGAAACAAACAGGUGAACAAGUGAACGGACAGAGAAAGGAGCACUACAAAGGAGGCCUGGAUGGCUCUGAGCAGGGGGAGAGCACCUUGCUGGCUUCUCUGCUGCAGUCCUUCAGCUCCCGGCUCCAGAGCGUCGCCUUGUCACAGCACAUUUCUCAAAGCCACAAAUCGCUCGACAGGGACAGCAGUGCAAGUGCUCCUGCUGAGAAGGAAACCUACCAGAGUUACGGCACAGCGUCAGGCCGCCUGAAAAGCCUUAUGAGGAAAAGCAAGCAACAGAACCAUAACACCGUGCCUUACUGUCGUCAGAAACGAAGCUCUGAUUCUCCUCAUUCUUCUCAAAGCUCUGCCCAGCCCACUAGCUCUGAAUCCUUGUCCUGCACAGAGCGACUCAAGGCUGUUGCCAAUAUGGUACGGACUAGGACCAGUCCGGCCCCUUCACCCAAGCCCAGUGUCGCCUGCAGUCAGCUGGCCCUGUUGCUGUCCAGCGAGGCUCAUCUACAGCAGUACUCCAGAGAGCAGGCCAUAAAAGCACAAUUAACCAGUCGAUCAGCCAGCGAGAGGCUGGCUGCCAUGGCUACCCAGCAAACGCAGGAUAAGAGGCCUCCCAGCAUGGGACAGCCAACAGCUGCCCCAGACAUGCUAAGCUCUUUAAAUGUUCAAAACGGAACACUCCCCCCACCAGCGGUAAACUCCGGCAAAAAAAGCCCUUCAGUUUCUUCACCCUCCAUGAGACCCCCCAAAGAUAGACGGCCCUUCGACAGACACGGUCGACCGCCACAAAACUGCAGCAGCCUGUUGCUUCUACUUCUGAACAAUCACAACUCCCAGCAACAGCUCACCAGGAACGGACACCUAGAGGACAAUUACGGCAUCCUCCCGAGCCGUGCCUCCUCUGAGAGCGAGUACUCCAGCCAGGAUAACAGCCUGACCAAAGACAGCAGCGAUGCAGAGAGCUUCUCCAGCUGUUCCCCCAUCGACCUCUCAAUGAAAAGCAGAGCGCCUAGCCAAAAAUCCGAGGCCUGCUCUUCCUUUACCCCCUCUGUGGAUAAGCUCACAGAGUCUCUCACAAACAAAUGGAAGCUGGAACCUUCUGUGCCAAAGGUCCGUGAGGCCACAGAUCUGGAUAUCAGCCCAGACGUGAAAUCCCAUGAUAAGGUCACUCUAAUGCAGUUACUGCUGGACCGCAGAAAUAACGAGAAGGUAAACAAAAGUUCAGAUAAUCCUAGUUUAAGGCCUGACGCAAUAAUCAGCAGCUUGAAACGAAUUGGCACACCUGAGGACAGCAGAACGCGGAGCCCUCUAGACCGGCAGACAGCGACCUUCAACUCGAUCUCCCCUUCAUAUUCCUUCCCCUCACCCCAUGCCCAGUCCAGUCCCUUAGAUCUAUGUAAGUCUAAAGCUCAUUCAAGCGAAAAGACGUUGGAGCCUCCUUUCAGUGCAAGCAAGCUACUGCAGAAUCUGGCCCAGAGUGGCGUUAAGAACUUAUCGCCUUCGCCCCCUCCUUUACACUCUCACAAGCCUACAAGCAGAAGGCAAAGCCCAGAACUUGAGCUGGACAAGCCUCAGGUCCUUUUGGAUCGACUCGUUGUUCCAUCCAAGCGGAGCAGAGCCUCAGUGCUGGAUGGAGGUUCUCCUCCUGCUCUCCCAGCUCACAAAUGUGAGCGAUCACCUUCUGCAUCAACGCAGAUAGAAAACCUUCUUGAGAAGCGCACGGUACUGCAGCUUCUGCUGGGAACAGCUUCCCAGAAGGAUCGAACCAGUGGGCACAAAGUCUUGGAAGUAACCUCAGGGGGGCUGGAGAAACCUCAGCGGGGUUCUGUCAACUAUGACAGCUCAAACAGACCUUCUCCAGACCUCAAUAUCAAAACUGAGCCGGUAGAAGAGAAUCAUUCGUCCGAUAGCUCCGAUGAUGGAGCGUACCAUCAGAGACGACCAUCACAACACUCACCCAUUGCAGAAGCACAGGACACAAAACCUGAACUCUGUCCUACAGAAACGGCUGCUAAAUUUGGACUUCUUAGCCAGCUUCUAAAACAGCAGAAUGCUACCUACCAUUCAAACCCUCAUACCAGGCUCCUCAGGAACUCCAUAAAAGAGGAGCCAGUGGAUUUUCAAAGCCCCGUUCCUAAAAAAAGAAAACUGUGCAUUGAGCUUGCAGAGCGCCUAAGUAAUGAACUCUGUCAACCGUCUCGCGAUACUACAAGUGACAAUCUGGUGUCUGGAACACCUGAAUUCAAUGGUAGAGCGAUGGUGAAACCAAAAGAAGAGCUAGUACUGAGUCCAAGGAGCAAAACGCCUCUCUCCAGAGAAAGCCAAGGCUUCAAUGUUCUUAAGCAACUCCUCCUGUCAGAAAACUGUCUGAAAGAGCUAUCCCAACCCAGAGCGACCCCAAGUCCUUUCAUCCCUCAGGCGAACUGUUCAGCCAAUGGGAGCUUAACCCAACCUGGUUUCUCUCAGGAGUUGUCGAACUUACCAUGGUACCCCUAUUCUACAGCACGUACACCUGUUGAUACCACUGGGGGGGUGCUGGUUUGGCCUAGGGGCUCUCCCAAAGCCAGCCCCAAACCUGUUAAAAAAGAACCUGAGGGGUCUCCUGGAGAAACUUUUACUAGAGAAGAGAGAUCCAGUCCAGACUCACCUCCUUUAACCAGGUCUAAUCCGAUUCUUUACUACAUGCUUCAGCGAGGAAACGGUCAGCUCAGACCUGAGCUCCGGGAUCAGGUGCAGCCGCCCCACUGUAUCAUGGGUGCAAAAGUGGAGGCGUGUAUUGACUAUGAGCACAGGAUAAACUCUCCGGUCCACAGACAGACUCACAGCUAGAGAGAAGAGAGCCUGAACGGCUCUGAAAAAAUGGUAGAUAUGAACUGCCAAAGACAGCAAAGCUGAAGAUCUGUGUGUAUGGUCACUUGUCUAUAAGAUGUUUAUUAAUUUUCAUUCUGAAACAGAAACUGAAUAAAUUUAACCAUGGAACAUGGUAGUUCAGUUUAAAACAUUGGCUUUUCGCCACUGAUUUCAUUUGUACAAAUAGUUAAUUUGCUAUUUUUAUUGAUGUCAUGUUUUUUUUUUGUACGUGUGUAUGCUAAGCUAACUUCUUUGUCCAGCACAAUGUAAAAUGUCCACCACAAAAAGCUUUUCCUUUUUCCACAACUGAAACAUUUAUGAAGAACAUCCUAUUACAUGUAUUAUUGAUGAAUCCAGAAACGUUACUGCUAAUUUCACACUAUAUUUAUCUACAGCCAAAUCAGGACCCUUUUUGUUUUAUCGAGGCAAAGAAAAUUGUACAGUCUAAGCACAAUAUUGGAUUCGUGGCAUCCAGUUAUAAAGUAUAUUUUCUUACGGCGGAAUUUAAAGGAACGUCAGUGUAAUCUAUCAGGUAUCUUUCUUGGAAAGCUAGCUGAGCUUAAGAGGGUUUUCACAUGUGAUCGAAAGGCGGCAACAAUUACUGGAAUCUUCUAUAAUCGUAGCUUAGAUUUACAGUGCUUUAUUUUUCAUCAGGAAUGAAACUAUAGCUGUUAUGUGGUGAUAAUGGCAUGAUGUUUAAAAAAAAAAAACCUGAGUGUCAUAUUUUUAGCCAAUGAAAUGUAUCUUUUUACAAUUUUGUAUCAUUUGUUGUUUUGUAUCUUAUAUCUAAAUAUCCUGUAUGUAGCAUUCACGCAUUUACGUUGUCGACAAAAAUUUGAAUAUUGAAAGAUGAUACCGUUCGUCCACCAAAGCCAUGAUGGGUAAUUAUGAUAUUUAUGGAUGUUUCAGGAUACUGUGUAAAUCAGACACUCUACUGUGAGAAGGGAUUGGAAUUCAGUCUGAUUCUUUUGUUUAUGUUCACCUUUUUUGCAUUUUUCUUUUUUUUUUCAGAUAAAGGCCCUCACGUCUUUAAUGUUAUCCAAAAAAAAAAAAUCUGAUUUUAUUCCACAUUCUCUGUACGAUUCAUGUUUUGACAAUGAUUAGAUACAUUUAUGUAAAUAUUGUUUUGAAGAUGACUAUUUUGUAUCGUUCAAGACAAAAAAAAAUAGUUUUUAACGUCUUGCGUUGUACAUAAGAAAACUGUAAUAAUGUAAAUAUGGGUACUGGAGGACGACACUUUUCUGCAUGUCUAUGUUGUGCUAAAGAUAAUCUUUGUUCACAUCUACUGCUCUGUCCGAGGCUCUUUGCUGCCUGUAGCAUGCACACGCAUGGGGAGUCCCUGUGUUAUGGGGAAAUGUCAAGUCUUAAAAUAGAUGUUUUUAUCUUGGAGAGUUGGGUACUUAAACCAUAAUCGUCUGCAAAUGCAGUCCUUGACUGUUCAAACCUGAGGAACGUGCAUAUUUUUCUGAAUGGUUUUGUUUGUUCUUAGUUAAAAAAAAUAAAUAAAUACAACAUUGCUUUGUUUAAUUUAGAGUCAGUCUGCAAUGGCUCUGCAUUGUGAAUAACUAAAAAAAACUUUCAUAUACUCCUGUGAUGACUGGAGCCUUUUGGUUUUCUUCUGUUCUGUCUUUGGUGUUUAUUUGCACUGAUAGCGUAAUAAAAUAUUGAAAUGCACAGAA